GGCUGGCGGCGGCGCUGCUGGAGGCGAGCGCGGAGGCGGAGCCCGAGGUGCGGGAGCAGCUGCGGGAGGCGCUGAGCGGCCUCGGCGCCGCCGAGCCUGAGGAGCUGCUGCUCUGCUGCGGGGACUACCUCCGGGACAACGACAAGCUGCCGGCCCCGCAGCGGGCGCUGAUCCUGCUCUCCAUGGGCGCCGUAGUUCGCCGGCACCUCUCGGAGCUGGGCCCGGGCGCGGCCGCCGCCACCAUCGCCCUGGCAGCGCAGGAGAUGGCCCGGGCCAAGGAGGCGCAGUGGGAGUGGCAGGCGGCGGCCGCGGCGCUGCUGGUGGAGCUGGGCCGGCGCUUCCUGAGCCGCGUCAUGGAGGAGCUGCUGCGGCACUUCCCGCCUGCCGCGCUGCCCCAGCCCGGCGUGCUGCGCGCCCUUGCCGACCUCGCCUGCGCCAACGUUUUUGGCAUGGUUCCCUUCCUGAGCUCCAUCCUGGGGACGCUGCUGCCCCUGCUGGGGAUGGCCCGGACAGAUUCCAUGAAAUGCACCCUCUGCUACGCCCUGCAGCGUUUCAGCGAGAGCAUCCAGGAGUACCUGGCGGGGCAGGAGCAGCGCCCCGACCCCACCAUCCGCGGGGACGCCUUCGCGCCCGAGCUGGGGGCCACCUUCGAGACCCUGAGCCUGCAGUGGGCCCAGAGCCGGGAGGGGAAGGUGCGCCUGGCCGUGCUGGAGGCGCUGGGCCCCAUGAGCUCCCUGCUGGCCCCGGAGCAGCUGCAGGAGCAGCUCCCGCGGCUGCUGCCCGCCGUGCUGGGGCUCUACAGGAGGCACCCGGAGCCCUUCCCCAUCUCCAAGAGCCUGUGCCAGCUGCUGGAGGCGUGGGCGGCGCGGGGCAGCCGCGCGCUGGAGCCGCACCUGGAGCCGCUGCUGGCGGCGCUGCUGGCCCAGAUGUGUGCUCCAGCUGAUCCCAACAUCCCCACGAGCAGCAAGAACCACACGGAGCUGCUGCGCUGCUUCUCCGUCCUGGCGGGUCCGUUCCCGGAGCGCCUGGUGCAGUGGCUGCUGCCGCGCCUGGAGAGCGGCCCCGAGCGGCACCGCCAGGGGGCGCCUGCUGCUGCUGCGCCACCUCCUCAACAGCCACCCUUCCCAGAUGGAAAUGCAGAAAGCUUCCAUCCUCUCUGCCCUGAAAGUUCCCCUGCAGGACGGGAGCCCCAAGGUGCGGCGUGCCCUGGUGCAGCUGAUCAGUGCCCUGGCCCACCACGGGCACCUGCAGCAGCCGGGGGCCGAGGCUCUGCUGGAGUUCCUGGUGCACCAGUGCGCCCUGCCCUCGGACCAGCCCCCCGGAAUUCCAGAGGAAAAUCCCGAGGAUCCCACGAGCGACGACGUCCGGAGCGUCAGCGUCAGCACCCUGCUCCUGCUCAGCAGCACCGUGCCCGGGAUUACCCAC